AGCCUGUAGUUCCCCUCCUGACCUGCCGGUGGCGCUGCAGGUCAAACGGCGUUAAAGCAGCAGCAGGUUUUUAUCGGCGCCACUGUGAGUUUCCGGUUUUACAUGAGCGGAGUGAGUGGAGAGGAGUCUCCACCAUGGAUAUCCGACCAAACCACACCAUCUACAUCAACAACAUCAAUGACAAAGUUAAGAAAGAAGAGCUGAAGCGCUCGCUCUACGCGCUCUUCUCUCAGUUUGGUCAGAUCAUCGACAUCGUGGCCAUGAAGACCAUGAGGAUGAGGGGUCAGGCCUUCGUCGUCUUUAAGGAGCUCGCCGCCGCCACCAACGCCCUGAGGCAGCUUCAGGGCUUCCCCUUCUACAACAAGCCCAUGAGGAUACAGUACGCCAAGACCGACUCCGAGGUCAUCGCCAAGGUGAAGGGCACGUACGGCGACAAGGAGAAGAAGAAGGAGAAGAAGAAGAAAGCUCAGGAGCCGGCAGCCAACCUCACAAAGAAACCAGCUGUGGGGUCAGCAGCACCUGUUCUCUCCCCUGCUGUACAGGUCCCAGACAACCCACCAAACUACAUCCUGUUCCUCAGCAACCUGCCGGAGGAGACCAACGAGAUGAUGCUGUCCAUGCUGUUCAACCAGUUUCCAGGUUUCAAAGAGGUGCGUCUGGUCCCGGGGAAACACGACAUCGCCUUCGUGGAGUUUGAGAGCGACACCCAGGCGGGCGUGGCCAAAGACGCGCUGCAGGGCUUCAGGAUCACGGCAACCUGCGCCAUGAAGAUCACCUACGCCAAGAAGUAGCUCCAGGUCUGAGGUCUGACCGGACACAGAGACUCUGAGAGGGGGAGGGGGGCGGUCCCUGGAUUUCCGUUGUGUUCGCUGACUCCUCUGAUUUUUGUAAAUCUUACAGAGAGGGUUUUUUCCUCUUUUCUUUUGUUUGAUAAAUCCUGAGCGGUGGUUCGUUGGGUCGAGAGAAAAAUCUCUGGCCUCCUUCUCAUUUUGUAAAAUAAAGAAUAAAAGUUUUUUACAGAA